AUGUAUUCUUUCUUUCAAUUUAUAAUUUUUGUCUUUUUCCUUCCUUCUUCCUUCCUCCAUUCCUUCUUCCUUUCUUUUUUCUUUCUUUCUUUCUUUCUUUCUUUCUUUCUUUCUUUCUUUCUUUUUAUUAUAAUUUUCUGUUCUUUUCCAUUUUGUUCCUUCAUUCCUUCAACGGUCUUUCGAUUCAUGUAUUUUUUCUUUCUUUUAAUUUUUGUCUUUUCCUUCCUUCUUUCCUUCCUCCGUUCCUCUCUUUGUUUGUUUCUUUCUUUCUUUUAUGUAUUCUUUCUUUCAACUUAUAAUUUUUGUCUUUGCCUUCCUUCCUUCCUCCGCUCCUUCUUUCUUUCUUUCUUUCUUUCUUUCCUUCUUUCUUUCUUUCCUUUUUAUUCAACAGUUUCUGUUCUGUUCCAUUUUGUUCGUUCUUUCUUUCCCACAACAGUCUGGUGUAUUCUGCUCAUUCUUUCUUUCUUUCUUUCUUUCUUUCUUUCUUUCUUUCUUUCAACUUAUGGUUUUUGUACCCGUUCUUUCUUUUCGUUUUUUCCUUUUUUCAACUUAUCACCUUUAUGUCUUUCUUUCUCCCUCCGUCCCUCCUUCAAAGUAGAGGGUUACUGA